AUGUGGGAGCACGGGAGGAGAAUGGAGUGGGAUGAUUCAACCAAGGCGAGAAUCUGCAGCUUCAUCAGAGUCGGUCAAGCAGGACUGCUGCUGCUGCUGCUGCUGCUGCGGACCUCCCGAACCAGUGGAGAGACCCACGCCUUCAAGGACUCAAGUUCCUCUGGAAGCAACAGACGAAAUGAUGAGGAGCUGAGGAUAGUGAUGGUGGGGAAGACCGGGUCCGGGAAGAGUGCCACUGGAAACACCAUCCUGGGACAGCAUUGCUUUGAGUCAAAGUUCAGUGCAAUUUCCAUGACGGUGGACUGUUCCAAGGGCAAAACCACGGUGGAUGGGCAACAGGUCGCUGUUAUCGACACCCCGGGCCUGUUUGACACCAGGUUCGGCCUGGAUAAAACAACACAAGGUGUCUGCCAGUGCAUCGCCUAUGCUGCUCCUGGACCUCAUGUGUUCCUGGUGGUCAUCAGUCUGGGCAGAUACACUGAAGAGGAAAAGCGGACGGUGCAGAAAAUUCAAGAAAUCUUUGGCCAGGCUGCAGACAAAUACAGCAUGGUCCUCUUUACUCAUGGUGACCAGCUUGAAGGCACCAUUGAAGACUUCUUGGGGGAGAGCCCAGACCUGCAGGAACUUGUGCACAGAUGUAACGGCCAGUACCACGUCUUCAACAAUAAGCUGAAGGAUCGCUCUCAGGUCACUGACCUGCUCCAGAAGAUCCGAAAUAUAGCCCAGGAGAACGGAGGAAGCCACUACACCAACGAGAUGUUCCAAGAGGCUGAGAGAGUAGUUGAAGAGAAGAAACAACGUAUCCUGAAAGAGAAAGAAGAGCAAAUACGCAAAGAGAAAGAGAAACUGGAGAAGAAACUACAGAAGAAAUAUGAAGAAGAGAGGAAGAAAUUGAGUGAACAUCUCCAGGCUGACAGAGAGAGGAGGAGAUUAAGAGAGAGAAGCAGCAGAUGAUUGAGGAGAGAAAGAGGGAGAAGGAAGAAAUAUAUAUUGUUUAAGAACGUUCUGUCUUGCAGCCCUGCACUAUGCGUUAACAGCAUAUAACUAAUUAGUUCAUAGAUCAAUGAACAACACAGUUCAAUUCCAAAUUGUCAGUCCAAAUUAAAUAAGUUAUUGACUGUGAGAUCAAAAGGACAGAAUCAGUGGAAAGGCUUAGAGACAACUAGUUUAAAGUUCUUAAGUAACUCUUCAACAGUGCACCCGAGUGCAGUCACUACUUUAU